GUGGAUGAAAUUAAACAAGGAAAGAAAAAAAAAAGAUUUGAUAUUAAAACAAUUAACGAUCCGACAGAUGUACAUGAAGUAGCUUGCUCUUUACGAUUGCAUUUAAUCAAGUAUGAGAUUUUACGUUUGUAAUCCAUGGUUAUUAUACGUUUGGAUUAAUAUCCUGUCUUUUGCUUUUUGUUAUGACCAGCUUGUAAAUGCUGCGAGUACAAUAGUGAGCAGCAGUUCCACAUAUAAUUAUGGAUCUUACACUGGGUCUGCUGACAAAACAAUUGACGGAAAUCUCGAUCAAGUGUAUACAAAUUGCAUGCACACAGUUGGUGGAAGGUCAGAAGCCUGGUUACAAAUUGAUCUUGGAGGCUUAUUCAAUUUGAAAAGUGUGAAGAUAUGGUACAGGCAGGACAUAAAUAGGGGAAAAGACCAAAACACGAAAAGACUCAAAGGAUUUUCCAUUCUUGCGUCUUAUGAGCCAGUUCUGAAGCCAUACACAUCAAUAGUAGAUAAGAGGUACCAAUGUUAUAAGGAUCCAGGAAAUGUGACUCUUGAUACAGAACUUGAAUUAAACUGUACACGUUUAGCGCGAUAUGUAACGAUUUACAAUGAUCAGAAGAACGACGGAAAUGGUGUAUUUCUGGAGAUCUGUGAAGUGGAGAUUUACGGAUGCCCGCGUCGUAGAUAUGGCGAAAAUUGUACUCGAUGUGAUACGUGUAAUGCUGAAUGCGACGUAACCGGGCGGUGUGAUACGCUCGGUUGUAAAGAAGGAUAUCAUCCACCAUUUUGCAAAGCAAAAAAAGCUGGUGGAGUCACCAAAAAUACUUAA